AUGGCUACUGCAGGUACAGAAGAUAGCGAUUUGUUGUUUCAGUUCAACUCGCCGAUCAACGGGUCGUUGGCGUACUUCUACGGCGAGCGGGAGCCCUUGGAUGGCGAGGAGGCGAGGGCGGAUUUCAGCGCGUCUAUGGGCGACACAGGCAGUGGCAGUGCCACUGCCAGUGUGAUUGACAGCGUGGUUUCGGGGUCUACUUGUGGCGGCGAUGAUUUCAGCGAUGCAGCAGCCGUGGGUGGCCGCGGCCGCGACAACAGCUAUAGCCACAGUCAAAGGCAUUUGAAACGCGAGAGCGCAUCUGUCCUGUCGCACAUGGCGGCGAAUUUCAGGCGAUUGAAGCCUCAACAGUACCACUCGAAGGUCAGUGUGGCACUCGAUAGCACGAAGGCUCUUUCUCAGUACAACAACUAUCUGAACGACAAGUUCUCGCACAAGAGGAAACUGUCACAGGACUCCGAACUGAUCAGGUUGAGACAGAGGAAACUCGAAGAGCUUGUGGAUAAGUUCUGGUUGAAGGACGGCGAAAUUGACGAGUCGAUGUUCGAUUCGUCCAGUGACGAGGAGUAA